CUGAGGUGCUUGAAAAUGGUCUCGGCAAAAAAGAGCCUGAGAAUCCACCGCAGCCCCAACGUGCUCACCCUGUCCCUGAAGAGAUUCGGGUACUUUUCCACCAGGAAGAUCACAAAGGAUGUGAGGUUCCGGGAGUUUCUGGACCUGGGGCGCUUCAUGUCGGAGGCGGGGGGCGAGCCCCAGAUCUACAGCCUCUACGGCGUCCUGGUGCACGCCGGAGCCCGCUGCAACUCGGGACACUACCUGUGCUUCAUCAAGGCUAGUGACGGUCAGUGGUACAAGAUGAACGACUCUUCCGUGUCUGUGAGCGACAUCGAUACCGUCCUCAAGCAAGAAGCCUACGUUCUGUUUUACAUUAAAUCCACUGAUACGUCAGCAGAAGGGGGCCACAGCCACCAAACGGGGGUCCGUGGUCUGGUGAGGCCUCACACCAGCCCCCCCGUCCCCCAAUACGACACUGGCUUCAUGGAUCUUCAGCUGGAGCCAAACACGUCAAAGACCUCACCCCAUUUACACGGAGAUGGGUUUGUGGAUGACGUCUCCUGGGAUAGCGACUUUUUAUCCAUGCUUCAAAGUUAUGGAAACGAAAAGAGCUCCAGCAGUCCUCUUCCUUCCGCUUUGUCUGCUCCUGAUAGACAAGAACAGAGUCUACCUGAGUUCUCUGACUCGUCAGCAGCAGGGGACUACAGAAACGUUAGUUUUGACGCAAGGAUCUGGGGCUUAAUGGAUCCCCAGCUGAAGCCAAACACCACGGAGACUUCGCCCCAUUCGGAAGGAAAUGGGUUCAUGGAGGGGCGAGUCUACAGAGACAGGAGCCCGCUGCGAGAGAGGGACUGGGAGCCUGAGACCAGACGCCAUCCGACUUUCGUUCACCCCAGGGAGAAGCGCCAUCAGGGGGACUCCAGCUACCACCACCAGCGCCUUUCUCAAGUGGACCAGGAACGGGAAAGUCCAGAGUCCCACAUAGUAAGUUCCCAGUCGGCCCCUAAAAGAGAACGUCAGGGCCACAAAAGGACUGCUGAUCAUCUGAGGGAAGAGAGAGAUGACAGCUCUGAGCUCCACCCCUCCAAAAGAUCCAAGAGAAGCAUGGAUUGA